UAUAAGUGAAGAAGAGAAAGAUUUGGAUAAGAAAGAAAGGGGCCGUUGUUAAUUGAAUAUCAGAGGAGGUUGAGAGAAGAAGAGAGAGAUCCAUGGCGGAAUCAACCUUCUCUUGUGUACCAGAAGACGUAGUCUUCAACAUCUUCUUCAAGCUUCAAGACGAUCCAAGAAAUUGGGCUCGUCUCGCUUGCGUCUGCACCAGAUUCUCCUCAAUUGUACGAAACGUUUGCUGUAAAACACAGUGCUACUCCGCUAUCCCCACCGUCAUCUCCGAUCUCCUCCCUCCUUCUUCCUCCACCGCGGCGGAUUCGUCUCUUCCUCCUCCCGGUGGUUGGGCUUCUCUUUUCAAACUCGCCGUCUGCUGUCCUGGUCUCUUCCACGCUGGAAUUCUCCUCGAAAACUCCGAUUUCGGUUUAGAACGUGAGCUAGGUCCCGAUCAAAACCUCGAUCCUAAACCUUCUACGACGGAUCUAGCUAGUGACGACGGGGAAGUUUCGAAACCACUCGGAUCUGGUUUAGAAACGACUUCGUUUUGGUCUCUAUAUGACGAUCUCUACACCGAUACUAUUCCCGCUCCUCUCGAAGAUUCGAUCGACGAACAAGAAGAAAUCGAGACCAGUGACAUCAGACCUGGACGAGAUCUUCCGGUAAGGAAACGAAGGAAGAUAUGUAGGUCCUUAGGAUCUCAUUUAGCUUCCGGUGGCUGGAAUCUUAGCCGUGAACAAGGCAACAAGCUUCUGGCGAGUAGAUUUCGAGGUGAUUGUCUCUACAUAUGCAAUUGGCCUGGAUGUAUUCACGUUGAAGAGAAACGAAAUUACAUGUUGUUUAGAGGUGUUUUCAAGGAUUUCAAACGGUCUCGAGUUUGGAGAACGAUAAACGACGGUAAUCAUCGGAGUAAGAUCUCGGGGCUGAAAUGCGCGUUUUGUUUGUGCGAUGAGACUUGGGAUUUGCAUUCAUCGUUUUGCUUGAGAAGAGUGUUUGGGUUUCAUGAUGAUGGUGAACCAGUUGUUAGAGCUUAUGUUUGUGAGAAUGGUCAUGUCUCUGGUGCUUGGACUGCUUUACCUCUCUACACUUGAGAGAGGCCUUUUGAUUCUUCUUCUACGGUCUAAGUAUGAAUCUUGUUUUGAUUGUUUGUAGGAAUCGUUUGUGUUUCAAAUUGUGCUUAAUGCUUUAAGCUGUACAGUGCCAGAACAUUUGGAACUUUAAAAGCAUUUUGUUGUUUAUUCAUGGUUUCAUCUCUGGAACAGUGUUUCCACUUGUCAGAUGUUUGUUCU